AUGGCAGGAGUAAAGGCUACAACAAUUGACGAAUUCUUAAAGGAAAAUGGGAUAGAUGUGGAAAUUGAAGGACCAAGCACUGAACUAAGUGAGGACGGGGAAGAAAGCAUGGCACUUGAUAAAGACUAUUAUCAACAUGUGAUGGAGGACAUUGAUGAUGAAGAAGGAGAGCCAAAGAAGAAGAAAACCCGUGAAAAAACAACUUGCAAGGAGAUUUAUGCAAGGACUAUGGAACAGCAGGAAGAAGUCACUUUUGAUCUUGGACAGCCCGUAGGACCAACCGACCAAAGUGUUUCUAAUUUAACUAGUUUUGUUGGCACUAUUGGUAGAAAUAAAAGAUUCGUUAGUCUUUUGUACACUAGUUGGCAUGCUGUUCCUCCUAAAGCUAAGAAGUUCAUGUGGGACUAUGUUAAUGGUUUAGGGGAUACCCAGUCAAUAAGUCAAAGAAACAAGCAACACAAGGAAAAUAUGAAGUUUCCACAUUGCAUGGGGCCAAUUAAUUUCGGAAGAGUACGAGUGGCUAUGCGAGCAACAAAGGAAACAAAGGAGGAACCAAAAAGGUUUGAGAUGUUCAUUGCUACCCGAACAAGUCGGAAAAGGAAAGAAGUGGAUGAGGAAACACAAACUGCUGUUGUAAGAGUUCAUUGA